AUGGCUGAGCGCGAUGCCCUCGUAACGCCAUCAAGCCGGCACGUGCUGCCGAGACAGAUGGAAAACGCUGGCACCAACAACCCGCCGACUACACGCAAGGAGAACGAGCCGGCACCACGUGAGAGUUGUUUACCGGAGGAGUACAGAUCGUUUGUGGAACGUUCAAAGGAGAAAGAUCUUCUGAGAAAAGAAGCACAAGAAGCAGCUGCCAAGCAUGAGGAAAAGCUAGAGAGGAUGAAGCUGGACCACGAGAAGGAUAUGUGGCACCUAAAGCUUGAAUUCCGUAUCCAGGUCGAUGGUCUCAUGCGGGAGAAGAAAGAGCUUCAGUCUACGAUUCACGCUUGCGGCAAGCUGUUUGGAGAAAUGCGCGACGAGCAUAAGACCGAGAUCGAGACACUCACCCACACGAUGGAGCGACUUCAGAGUGAAGUGAAUGCCAAGGCCAAGGAGCUCAAGGUCAUGUAUGACGCGCACGAUUCUCUGGUCAAGAAACUCGAGGACGAGAGGGCGGAGUUACCGAAGAAGCUGGCCGACGCUGCGAAGCAUGCGCUUGCUCUCCAGUCCAACGCACUCAAGUCAUCUGACAACGCCGUUGUUGCAAAAGGCCUUGCAUCCGUUCCUGCGCACCUCAAAGGCAAAUCUGAACGCUUCGCACACUGCACCCAGUGCAUGCGACACAACUGGGACUGCGACCGCGGGAUUCUAUGCAAGAACUGCUCGAUGCGAGGCAUCAAGAAAGGUUGCAGGCGAGUUGCGUGCGAAGACUACAAGAAGGGCAUAUGCAAGAACAAACAGUGCCGCUUUGCACAUGAAGGAGAGAUAUACAAGCGCCUCGAUCCUUCCGAAGAUGUAUGGGGUGAUGGGCGUGAGCUGAGUCCUGUCGAGCUCGACAAGAUGGGUGUUUGGUAG